AUGGAGGGUCUGCAGAGUUUGGGUGGUGUGACUGCAGAGAUUUUUAGACUGUCACUAGAGGGACAUACUGUACAGAAAAGGAAGCCUUUGAGCACAGAUGAUGAAGAAGCCGAAGGAGACGUCCUGAAGCCGCUGGUGUUCCGGGUGGAUGACAGCACGCCUCGGGUCGUACAGAGUGUCCUCCUGGAGCGUGGCUGGGACAAGUUUGAUGAGCAGCGUCAGGACGUGGAGGACUGGAAUCUGUACUGGAGGUCGUCUUCCUUCCGGAUGGCAGAGUAUGUCAACAUCAAGCCCUGGCAGAAGCUCAACCAUCACCCGGGGACGACCAAUCUCACCAGGAAGGACUGCCUGGCCAAACACCUGGCGCACAUGAGAAGGCUCUACGGUGAGUCGCUCUACGAGUUCACACCCCUGACGUUCAUCAUGCCCAAGGACUACACCAAGUUUGUGGCCAAGUACUUCAAGGAAAAACAGGAUCUGGGUACCAAGCCGAGCUACUGGAUCUGCAAGCCGGCAGAGCUGUCUGGAGGGAGGGGGAUAAUCAUUUUCAGUGACAUCCGAGACCUCAUGUUCAAGGGCUCGUACGUGGUGCAGAAGUACAUCUGUAACCCCUUACUGGUGGGCAGGUACAAGUGUGACCUCCGCAUCUAUGUCUGCGUCACCGGCUUUAAGCCUCUGACUAUUUACAUGUAUCAGGAAGGGUUAGUGCGGUUUGCCACUGAGAAGUUCGAUCUCAGCAAUCUGGAGGACUAUUAUUCCCAUUUGACCAACAGCAGCAUCAACAAACUGGGGGCCUCGUAUCAGAAGAUCAAAGAGGUGGUGGGCCAAGGCUGCAAGUGGACUCUCAGCAGGUUCUUCUCCUACCUCCGGAACUGGGAUGUGGACGACCUGUUACUGAGGCAGAAGAUCAACCACAUGGUGAUUCUCACGGUCCUGGCCAUGGCUCCAUCAGUCCCUGUCGCCAACAACUGCUUCGAGCUCUUUGGGUUUGACAUCCUUAUUGAUGACAACCUAAAGCCGUGGCUUUUGGAAGUCAACUACAACCCUGCUUUGACCUUGGACUGUUCCACGGAUGUCUCGGUCAAGAGGAGCCUGGUUCACGACAUUAUCGACCUGGUGUACUUGAACGGUCUCAGGAGUGAGGAGAAAAACUCCGGGAGAAGUUCUCCGGCAAACUCCAUGGUCUCCCUUGCCAGCAGCGAUCAGAGUGAGCUCUGCGCCACCCCCGAUUCCCCUUCCUAUGCGUCUCUCAUACAGUUUUCGACAACGACGACGACGACGACCACGACAACGACGGGCAGUAAAGGCAAGCCAUGUGUCCAGCACCUCUGUCCCAAGCACACUCGAACCUCCCAGCUGAGAGAGAUGAUGAGCAGGCAGAACAGACUUCUGACAAAAGAGGCAGCCAAAAGCAAGCCAAGGCACAAGGCUCGGCACUCGCCUCGCAAGGUGCUCGCCCCGCACAAGGCGAAGACGCCCGCGGGCAUCCUCCCGGAAGCCGGAAGUACACCCAACGACCACGCGGGCAACUUCGUUCUCAUCUUCCCUUUCAACAAAGCUACUUUCGGAGCCUCCAGGAACGGGUUAAACGUCAAAAGGAUAAUUCAAGAGCUCCAGAAACUCAUGAAUAAAUAA